AUGUCAAUUGAUUGCUGGUCUCGUAUAACCGGCGAGGCUUUGUUCUCAGAUACCAGCAAACUCGCCAAGCUCGUUAUUCAGGAGAGAAAAUCAACAACUCCUCGCUCCUCGUCCUCCCCUUUACGGCCGUUCGGUGGCUUCUCAGGUACCAGUUUUCGCCGACGUCGUCGGCAACACCACAACGGCGUCCAGACGGAGGGCUUGAAAGCUGAUGGAGAAGUGAAAGAAAAACAAGGUUUAAGUUCACAAUUCAGGAAUGCAACUCGGUUCUUGAGGGCGGAUGCGAAGGUGGCGAUGGAUUUCACAGGGUUUAUUCAAGACAGCCAGGAGGCAAAACAGUUGCCGCAACGCUGGCUGACCAACGGUGAAUCUGUGACGAAGGUUGCUUCGAAGCUGAAGGUGCCCAACUUGCCGCAGGAGGCAGCAGUUCGACACGUAAACUUGAAUUAUCUAGGCAAGUACAUGGGAGUGUGUGUCACGGAACCCCCAACUUUUUUGGUGUGA